ACCAAAGAAGAUAAAUCCAUGAUGCUUUUCUAUUGUAAAGAAGUGGAAACAGAAAUUGAAGUGGAAAUUGAGAGUAGUACUCCUGAAGUUGAUGAUGAGUUUGUUGAAGUAAAGAAGAAUGAAGAAGAGGCAGCUAAAGAAAAUGAGAAUUUAUCUUUAUCAUCAAAGAGGCAUUCAUCAUUGUCAUCAGAGUCUUCAACCACAGAAAAGCUAAAAACCAGUGAUCAUACUAAUGAAGCUAACCAGAAGGUAUUUGUGAAUAAUGACACUCAUGAGGAAUCUUUAAAAUUGGAAACAAAUACAGAAGAAAAAGAAGCUGAAGAACAGGAGGAAGAACCUCCUAAAAAGAGGUUUAUUAAGCAGCUGAUUAAAAAGACACAGCUUUACUUGUGUUCGGGACUACCACCUGAAGAAGCACUUAACUACAACUGUGUGUAUCUUUUACGAUCCUCGUCAGACCCUGUAACUGAACCUUCUACUGUAGAAGAAGCUAAAGAACUGAUGCCUAAGUACUUUGAUAUUGGCCUUCUUAAUGGGCAUACAGUUCUGAUGAUGUAUCAGGUCAUUUCCAAGCUGUACUACCCUCUAUUAACCAUUAGGAGAGAAUGUUUGAGCCCUGAGACUGUUGUGGCUGAUCAAGCUGUCUUUAAGGUUCAGGAAGACUUUGUGGGAACUCUGAAGAAGUUUUUGUUGGAAAUGGAGCGAGUGUUGCAACAACUAGAACACAAGGUUCACUUGAAGUUACCAAUCCUUCCCUCUGAAACAACAACUGAAGAACUGGCACAGGAUAGUGGUCUUGUGGCUCACCUGGAGGAUACUAUGACGUCAUGGGAUAAGGCAAUUUCUGCUUAUCUACAGGAGUUAAUUAAUCAGGGUGCUGCAGAGCAAGGACCUACAGCAGAGGUGGCACUUUGGAGAGAGAAAUACUCUGGUUUCACUACUCUCACUGAGCAACUCAAACAGCCUACAGUUCAGAGAGUGGUGGAUAUCUUACAGCAUGGGGACAGUCCUGUAGUCCCAAGCUUUUUGUUCCAUAGCCAAGCAGCUGAGAGACACAUGUUGGAGUCUAAGGAUAAUAUGAAAUUUCUAGCCACUUUGGAACAUCAUUUAAAGAUUUUAAAUCGAAAUGUUAGCCUUGUGUCGGCACAUGAAGGCAUUCCAAACUUAAUAAAUGCCUUGAAGAUGGUGUGGAUUCUCUCUAAACAUUAUAAAACUGAUGAAAGAAUGGUGCCUCUGAUGGAAAGGAUCUCCUCAUCUCUGUGUGGCAAAGUAUACGAUCUGGUUAAUGUAAGGGUUUUGUUUCAAGAGCACCCCCUAAAGGCGAAAAAGAUAACUGAAGAAGCAGCCUUACUGUUAGAGUCAUGGAAGUCAAACUACCUAAAAGUACGUGCCGAGAUAGAACAGUCUGGACGAACUGCCAGGUGGGAAUUUGAUCGAAAAAGGCUGUUUGAAAAGACUGAUUACAUGGCUGUCAUCUGUCGAGAUCUUCACAAUAUGGCCCAAGUUCUUGAAGAAUUUUACACCAUCUUUGGACCUGAACUGAAAGCUGUCACUGGAGACCCAAAGAAAAUAGAUAAUGUUCUGGACCGAGUGUAUGGUUUGAUAAAGCCAAUUGAAAAUGUGGAUUUUGAUAUCUUCUUGAUUCGCCAUACAUCUUCCUGGAACACUUUCAAAGAUUGGUUUAAUAAGGAGGUUCAGUUAAUAGAGGAAGAAGCCAUUAGGUUUAUUAAUGAAUCUUUCCGUUCACUUCGAUCAGCAGAGAGUGCAUUUUCAAUGUUGCAGAACUUUAAACAUAUUCAUUCUCGGACUGCUAUUAAUGAACUGAUGAUGAAUAAGUUCAGUGACAUUUUAAAUCAGUACAUUAAGGAGCUAUUAAAUGUAGAAGCAGUGUUUGAGUCGGACAAAGGUAAUCCACCUUCAUAUAAAAACACUCCUCCUGUAUCGGCUGCUAUCCUGUGGGAGCGCACUUUAUUCCAGACUAUCAAACAGCCCAUGGUGAAGUUUUACAAAGAGGAAAUCAUGAUGAACACAGAACUUGGCAGAGAGGCAAAGUCAAAAUAUUUGAGUUUAGGCAAGUGCAUGAGACAGUAUGAGGAGCAGAAGUUUGAGAGGUGGAAACUUCAUACUGAAUCUGUUCUUCGGAUACUUUUGCGAAGAAACCUAUUUAUGGAAGAUAGCAUAUUUGACCAUCAGCAGUCUGGUGAUGCCAUUAAGCCAAGUGUAGGACAAAGAACUCAUGACCAAGAUUUGAAGAAGAUUUUGAGCUAUCAAGUGUGCUUCCCUCAAGAUAUGAAAGAGAUCAUCAAUGAAGCCAAGCAUCUAGAGCUACUUGGUUUUUCUAUACCUGAAUUAACCAGAAAUGUAGCUUUACAGGAAGAAAAAUACUGCAAGUGCGUCAAUAGCCUGGAAAUUAUGUUGAAAAAGUACAGAAAUGUUUUGACAAUGUUAGAAGAUGCUGAGGUGACCUUAUUAGAAGAACAGAUUUCUAAACUAAAUACUACUCUGCAGCCUGGUUAUAAGCGCUUAAACUGGACCUCAUUAGGGAUUCAAGAUUAUAUAGACAGAUGUACGCAGGCUCUCUUGAAAUUUGAGUCCUUGGUCAGCCAGAUAAAGAAAAAUUCGAAAGAGAUAAAGCAACGAAUCCACAUGAUAUCUUCUGCUAAUAUGCUGUUGUUUGAAGACAAGGAUGAAGAAACUGACCUACCUGAUUGUAAGGAAUUUUUUGAAAAGAUUGAAGCUGAAAGAUUUAAAAUACUGAAGUACCUAGAGCAAAGAUAUAAAGCUUUGGGACCAUUAUUAAUCAAGAUGGAGAGCCUCGUAUGCCAGACGAACACUGGUAGGGCUCCCCAGUUGAGACAGUACUAUGCUUUCGUGGAGAGAAAUAUCUUUAAUGCACUGAUAGAGAUGUGUACAAAGAAUUUGGAGAUGUUUAACAAGGCUCUAAAAGGAAACAAACAGCUCUUUCAGGUGAAGACCAUCCUUGCAGCACCUGACAUUUUACUCCAUCCAACAUCAGGAGAAGUCUACAAGCUGAUAAUGCAGUAUGGUCUGGACAUCGUGGAAGGAACAAAGUUGUUCAUACGUUGGAUGGAUGGCACUUGUCUUGAAACUUCUCCUCAGAAAAUAGAAGGACAGGAUGAACCAUACAUUUUUAAUUUUUUCCUGGAUAUAUCUCUUCACCCUUCUAUCAAUGAGUCAUGUCUGACACUUCAGCGAACUGCCCAGAAUCUGCUACUUUUAGUGCAGGGUAGCCUAGAAAUAUGGCGAAAGUUUCGCAAUUUGUGGAACUACGAUAAGCAAGCACUGUGUGAGAAGUUUGCCUCAAAAAUGCCCAGCAUUGUUGCUUUUGAUGAUAAAUUCCAGUAUUAUUUGAAGAGAAUUAAACAGGUUGAAGUGGUUCCCAAAGUAAGGAAUGAAGGCUGUAUAAGAGUACAGAUGUUUCCUGUUGGUGAGGCAGUGGAAAGCCAUGCUAGAGAAUGGAUUCUCUUGCUUGGACAGCAUUUAAACGACUCCGCAAGUAACAGCAUGCAAUCUUUUAAAACACAGUUUGAGAAUUUGGAUAUCCAACUGGAAAAAAAGCCUAAAACCCUGGAUGAACUAAAACUAGUGCUUUCAACUAUAGCAGAAAUUCAUGACAUGUCUCUUGAUGUUGAUACAUCUUUGAAUGAAAUAGAAGAAAAAUAUCGUAUGCUGAAUAUGUAUCAUGUUCCAGUAUCUGAUGAAGAAACAGAAUUGCUGAAUAUUAUGAGAACUAUGUGGGCAGAUCUUUCCUUCAAAGCUAAGAAAUUUGAUUACCAGUUAGGUCCAAUAAAAAAAAAGUUCACAAAGACAACAGAAAUGGAAGUUAAAGACUUUUCUCAAGAGGUUCAGAACUUAUUUAACACAUUUAUUAAUGAAGGUCCUGGAGCUGUUGGAGAUAACCUAGAGAAAGGUUUACAAGUUUUAAAUAGUUUUCAAGAGAAACUGAAAGUGGUUGGGUCCAGAAGACAACAACUGGUUAAUGCUGAACGAUUGUUUGAUCUUCCUGUCACUCCAUUUCCUGAGCUUCACCAAAUGCAGAGAGAUAUGGAGAGUUCUCAGAUUUAUGCUAUUUACAAGGCACAGAAGACUGCUAAAGAAGAAUGGUCACAGCUACUUUGGUCACAACUGGAUCCCCAAGCACUAAUUGAUGGAUCAGAAGGAUUCCUGAGAGAGCUGCGGAGGCUUCCUAAGGAGGUGAAACAAAUGCCAAUGGGGCGGAUUUUAGAAGAGAAAUUACGAGAGUUCCGUAAUACUAUUCCACUGUAUGUGGACUUGAAACAUGAGGCAGUAAGGCCAAGACAUUGGAAACAGCUGAUGGACAAAACUGGUAUGAAAUUUGACAUGCAUCCCGAAAAGUUUACGUUAGGUAACUUGUUUGCAAUGGAACUUCAUCGUUUCUCUGAAACCAUUGGAGAGAUUGUGGGUAGUGCUUCAAAGGAGCUUAGUAUUGAAAAGGGAGUGCAAGAAGUUCAAGAAAUUUGGGACAGUAUGAAAUUUGAGAUUGUUAAAUAUAUGAAAGGCACGGAAGAGAGAGGUUUCAUCCUCUCUGCUGUUGAUGAUGUGUUGCAAGCAUUGGAUGAUAAUGGUAUGAACCUACAAAGUAUGUCAGCAUCUCGAUUUGUUGGACCUUUUCUAAAAGUUGUACAAGAAUGGGAACGAGCACUGUCACACAUCAGUGAAGUCUUGGAAGUUUGGAUGGUAGUUCAGAGGAAGUGGAUGUACCUGGAAAGUAUUUUUAUUGGAGGGGACAUUUGCUCUCAGUUACCUGAUGAAGCCAAAAAGUUUGAUAGCAUAGACAAAAAGUUCAGAAGUAUAAUGCAAGAUACAGCUAAGAAACCAAACAUCAAAGAGUCAUGCCACAUGCCUUGCAGACUAGAGGAGUUACAGAAAUUGAACCAGAACUUAGACUUGUGCCAGAAAUCUCUAAAUGAUUACCUUGACUCAAAACGAAAUGCUUUCCCACGGUUCUUUUUUAUUUCAGAUGAAGAAUUGUUGUCCAUCUUAGGUAGCAGUCAGUACACAUGUGUGCAGGAACAUAUGAUAAAGAUGUUUGACAACAUAGCUAGUCUGAAAUUUGAGCAAGAGAAAACGACACAUGGUGACGAAGACAUUACCGCAACAGCCAUGAUUUCUAGUGAGGGAGAAGUGAUGGCGUUUCAUCGACCAGUCCCGGUUGUUGGUCGUGUCGAGGAAUGGAUGACUGGUGUCCUUCAGGAAAUGAGGGCUACUAAUAGGUUUAUUACCAAAAAAGCUAUUUAUGAAUAUGGCAAGACAGAGAAGCAAAGAACCUCUUGGAUGCUUGACUUUCAGGGAAUGGUGUGUCUGGCAACUAACCAGGUCUGGUGGACAGCAGAGGUGGAAUAUGUGUUUGAUAAAGUCAAGAAAGGAAAUAAAACAGCUAUGAAAGACUAUGCUCGACAACUCCAUGCACAAAUUGAUGAACUCGUCUUCAAGGUGAGAUCGCAGCUAUCUAAAAAUGACAGGAAGAAAUUCAACACAGUUCUCAUUAUAGAUGUUCAUGCCAAGGAUAUUGUUGAUGGAUUUGUACGAGACAGUAUUCUGGAUGCCCAGGAGUUUGAAUGGGAGAGUCAGUUGAGGUUUUACUGGAAGAAAGACCCAGAUGAACUGAUGGUACACCAGUGUUCUGGAGUGUUUCAGUAUGGAUAUGAGUACAUGGGGUUGAAUGGGCGAUUGGUGAUUACUCCUCUCACUGAUCGAAUUUAUCUGACAAUCACUCAAGCACUCUCCAUGUAUCUAGGAGGAGCUCCUGCGGGACCUGCAGGGACAGGAAAGACAGAAACCACCAAAGAUCUAGCUAAAGCUUUGGGUCUGCUGUGUGUUGUCACCAACUGUGGUGAAGGUAUGGACUACAAGGCUGUGGGAAAAAUCUUUUCUGGCCUUGUCCAGUGUGGAGCCUGGGGCUGCUUUGAUGAGUUUAAUCGCAUAGACGUGUCAGUGUUGUCUGUUAUUUCUACCCAGCUUAAGACUAUACAAAAUGCUCUUAUCAUGAAACUCAAAAAAUUCCAUUUUGAAGGCCAAGAAAUAUCCCUAGACCCUAGAGUUGGUAUCUUCAUAACCAUGAAUCCAGGGUAUGCGGGGAGAACUGAGCUCCCUGAGAGUGUCAAGGCUUUGUUUCGUCCAGUUGUCUGUAUUGUACCUGACCUCCAGCUAAUCUGUGAAAUCAUGCUUUUCUCUGAGGGCUUUUUGCUGGCUAAAAUGUUGGCCAAAAAGAUGACUGUACUGUACAAACUUUCCAAGGAACAGCUAUCAAAACAGCAUCAUUAUGAUUUUGGACUUCGAGCAUUGAAGUCUGUUUUGGUGAUGGCUGGUGAACUGAAGAGGGGAUCUCCAGAAUUACGAGAAAUCCUGGAGGAAUACAAUGAACAUUACUCUACAAUGAAUCUGGUUCUGUUUGAUAAUGCUGUGGAACAUCUGACUCGAAUCCACCGUGUGAUCCGUAUAGAUCAAGGCCAUGCCUUAUUGGUUGGCGUUGGAGGUAGUGGGAAACAGAGUUUAACUCGCUUGGCUGCCUAUGCAGCUGGAUGUGAAGUGUUUGUAAUUAAACUCAGUCGAGGUUAUUCUGAGACAAAUUUUCGAGAAGAUCUGAAGGUUCUGUACAACAUGUUGGGACUGGAGAAUAAGAAAGUGGUGUUUCUCUUCUCUGAUGCGCACGUCGUAGAAGAAGGUUUCUUGGAGCUAAUCAACAACAUGCUGACAUCUGGAAUUGUACCUGCCCUUUUCUCUGAUGAAGAAAAGGAAGUAAUACUUAAUCAGGUGCGAGAUGAAGCCAUCAAAUCAGGGUUCGGUAUUGCAAAGGAGCAGGUGUGGCAGUAUUUUGUCAACAAAUGUGCCAGCAAUCUUCACAUUGUUCUCGCCAUGUCUCCCGUUGGAGAUAAGCUUCGGACCCGUUGUCGAAACUUCCCUGGGUUAGUGAAUAACACAAACAUAGACUGGUUCACUGCGUGGCCUGAAGAGGCUUUGUUUGCUGUUGCAAGCGUCUUCUUGGCUGAAAAUCAACAAAUUCCAGAAGAACAAAGAGAAGCUGUGGUAAACCACGUUGUGAUGGUGCAUCAGUCUGUAACGGAAUACAGUGUCCAGUUUCUCCAGAAACUUCGUCGUCAAAACUAUGUUACACCUAAAAACUACUUGGAUUUUAUCAACAGUUAUUUGAACCUCCUAACAGAAAAAGAUGCCUUCAUAACGAGUCAGUGUGAGCGACUAAUGGGAGGCCUAAACAAGAUUCAGGAGGCAAGAAUUCAAAUCAGUUCCUUGCGUGAGAGACUGGAUGUCCAGCAAGUGGCUGUACGAGAAAAAACUGUUGCUUGUGAAAAAUUGUUAAAAGAGAUUUCUGUGGGUACGAAACGGGCCCAGGACAAGCAACAGUAUGCUCUCACCAAGAGUAAAGACAUCGAAGAACAGAGUGUUCUAAUUCAAGCUGAGAAGCAUGAAGCUGAGGCAGCUUUAGCAGAAGCCUUACCAGUACUUGAGGCAGCAAGAGUAGCUUUGGAGGAUCUUGACAAGUCUGACGUCACAGAGAUACGAUCCUUUGCAACUCCUCCGAAACCAGUCCAGAUUGUGUCAGAGUGUAUUGUUGUUCUGCGGGGAAUAAAGGAGGUAUCAUGGAAGUCUGCUAAGGCUGUGAUGUCUGAAGCCAACUUCUUGAGAAGCUUAAUGGAUAUGGAUGUUGAUAGUAUCUCAGCAGCUCAAGUAACCACUGUCAAAAAACAGUUAAAGGCCAUGGAGAUGAGUGUCGAUGAAAUGAAGUCAAUCAGUCGAGCAGGAGCUGGACUCCUUAAGUUUGUGGAGGCAGUUAUGGGAUAUUGUGCAAUUAAUAAAGAGAUUAAACCAAAGAGAGAAAAGGUUGCAAAGUUAGAGAAGAACUAUCAUCACGCUAAGAGGGACUUGGAGAAAGUCAACAAAGAAGUACGUAAACUCGAAAAAGAACUGAAAACACUGAGUGAUAAGUAUGAAGCAGCAGUGUCUGAGAAGCAGGCCUUGCAGGAGGAGACUGUCAUAAUGGGACGACGGUUAACUGCUGCAGAUAAAUUAAUCUCCGGCUUAGCAUCAGAAGAUUUACGUUGGAAGAAAGAACUAAGUGAUCUAGAGGAGAGAAAGAUUCAGCUUUUGGGUGACUGCCUUAUCUCCGCUGCUUUUCUGAGCUAUGUGGGAGCCUUUAGUUGGGACUUUCGCAACCAGAUGGUGUAUAAUGAUUGGAAGAAGGACAUUCAGGAUAGAGGAAUUCCUCUGAGUAAUCCAUUUCAGUUAGCAGCCUUGCUUACUGAUGAUGUAGAGAUCAGCAGAUGGACUUCUGAAGGAUUACCUCCUGAUGAGCUUUCUGUUCAAAAUGGCAUUUUGACCACCCAUUCAAGCCGUUUUCCUAUGUGUAUUGACCCACAGCAACAAGCCUUGACCUGGAUCAAAUGCAGAGAAGAACCAAAUAACCUUAAAAUUUUGAACUUUACUGAUCCCGACUUCCUCAAGCAUCUGGAACUAGCUAUUAAAUAUGGUUUUCCUGUUUUAUUCCAAGAUGUAGAUGAUUAUAUUGAUCCUGUUGUGGAUAACGUAUUAGAGAAAAACAUCAAAAUUCAACAAGGUAGACAGUUUAUAGUUCUUGGAGACAAAGAAGUGGAUUAUGACCCAAGUUUUCGUCUUUAUCUGACCACCAAGCUAACUAACCCCCAGUUUCCUCCAUCUACCUUUACUAAAGCCACUGUGAUUAAUUAUACAGUCACAACAAAAGGCCUAGAGGACCAGUUGUUAAGUGUGAUAGUUCAGUUUGAACGUAAAGAAUUGGAGGAGCAAAGAGAAAGUCUUAUUCAAGAGACCAGUGCUAACAAACGACUCUUGAAGGAGCUAGAAGACUCUCUCCUUCGUGAGCUUGCUACCUCUUCAGGAAACAUUUUGGACAACGAAGAGUUGGUAGUAACCCUAGAAGAAACGAAAACUAAAGCCACUGAAGUUUCUGAGAAAUUGGCCCUGGCUGCCCAGACAACAGCUGACAUCAAUAGACUGAGAGAUGGAUAUCGUCCAGCAGCUAAACGUGGAGCAGUUUUGUUCUUUGUUUUGGCAGACAUGGAAGCAGUGAAUACAAUGUAUCAAUAUUCUCUGUCUUCAUAUUUAGAAGUGUUCAAGAUAUCUCUGGAGAAGUCCAUGCCUGAUGCUAACCUUGACAAACGACUGAAGAAUAUUGAGCUCACACUUACUGAUAAUGUGUACAAUUAUGGCUGUACAGGAAUAUUUGAAAGACACAAACUGCUAUUUUCUUUUCAAAUGGCUGUAAGGCUGGCUCAGAAUGAAGGAACAAUUUCUGAUGAAGAGCUCAAUUUUUUUCUUAAGGGAAGUCUUGCUCUAGAACGAUCAUCUCAUUCACGUCCAUAUUCUUGGCUUCCCGAACAAGGCUGGGAAGAUAUUCUUAGGCUUUCCUCUGACUUUCCCGAGACUUUUGACUCUCUGAUUUCUGAUAUAGAGAAAAAUGAAGUGGAGUGGAAGCAGUGGUUUGAAUCAGAUCACUCUGAAAGAAUGAGAUUUCCUCUUCAAUAUGAAGAAACUUUGUCCAGCUUCCAAAGACUCAUGCUUCUACGAUGCUUUCGAGUUGAUCGUGUUUAUUGUGGUGUGAUGAAUUAUGUGGAGUCAGAACUAGGAGAACGCUAUGUCACCCCUCCAAUUAUAAGUUUUGAAGUUAUCUUGGAACAGAGUUCUCCCACAUCUCCUGUCGUUUUCAUUCUCAGUCCUGGAGCGGACCCUGCAUCUAAUCUCACCAAGUUGGCCGAGAGGUCCGGACUUGGAAGCAAUCGUUUAAAGUUUCUCUCUCUUGGACAAGGGCAAGAAAAGGCAGCUUUUCAACUUCUUGACACUGCAGUUAUCCGAGGUCAGUGGCUGAUGCUGCAGAAUUGCCAUUUGUUAGUCCAGUGGUUAAAGGAUUUAGAGAAGAAAUUAGAGGGAAUGACCAAACCCCACCCAGACUUUAGACUCUGGAUGACUACUGAUCCUAUACCUAAUUUUCCUGUUGGCAUACUCCAAGGUUCCCUUAAGGUUGUAACUGAACCUCCUAAUGACCUGAAACUGAACCUUUGCAACACCUUCCAAAAGAUCAGCAUUAAUUCUUUUACUUCCUGUCCACAUCCAGCCUUCAGUUCUCUUGUGUACGUCUUAGCUUUUUUUCAUGCUGUGGUGUUGGAACGCAGAAAGUAUGGCAAGCUGGGUUGGAAUAUCAGUUAUGACUUCAAUGAGUCAGAUUUUAGUGUUUGUAUGCAGAUUUUGGACACAUAUCUGACCAAGUCACAUUUUAAUAAUGAUGUCCACAUUCCAUGGAAAUCACUAAAAUAUCUGAUUGGCGAGGUAAUGUAUGGCGGCCGAGUGAUUGAUGACUUUGACAGAAGAGUUGUCAACACCUACAUGGAUGAGUACAUGGGAGACUUCAUCUUUGACACUUUCCAACCUUUCUCCUUCUACCAGAGUGACCGUUUGGUCUACAAUAUACCACCUUCAGGCAGUAAAACUAGCUAUCUGAAUGUUAUAGAAAGUCUUCCUCUGGCCAGCAGUCCAGAAGUCUGUGGUCUUCAUUCAAAUGCUGAGAUUGGCUACUAUACUCAAGCAUCAAAGGACAUGUGGGUCCAUCUAGUGGAGCUUCAGCCUCAGAUGGGUGGCACUGGUAGCGGUGAUAGCCGUGAAGAGAUUAUUAGCAAAAUUGCAUCUGACAUAUUAGAAAAACUACCUUCACUCUUUGACCUUGAUACCAUACGCAAGUCAAUCGGCACUGUCCGUAAUCCAACAACUGUAGUACUUAUGCAAGAGCUGGAGCGUUUCAACAUUUUGCUGAACAGAAUGCACACAAAUUUAGCAACAUUGCAGAAGGCACUAGCUGGAGAAGUGGGAAUGGACCCAGAACUGGAAGAUGUUUCUCGUUCACUGUUCAAUGGUCAGUUACCAGAAAGCUGGCGUCAUCUUGCUCCACUGACUCGUAAGAGCCUGGGAAAUUGGAUGACUCACUUUCAUCGAAGGUACAACCAGUUUAAAGUCUGGGUGAAGAAAGGGGAGCCACAGGUUAUGUGGUUAUCAGGAUUACACAUUCCAGAGUCCUACCUGACUGCUCUGGUCCAGGCAGCUUGUCGGAAGAAUGGAUGGCCUCUUGAUCGCUCCACUCUCUAUUCCUCGGUCACCUCAUUCCAAACGGAAAGUGAUGUUACUGAUAGACCUCCAAUUGGCUGUUACGUCUGUGGACUGUACCUGGAGGGUGCUGGUUGGGACUUGGAACAAGGUUGUUUAGUUUCUGCUAAACCUAGAGAACUAGUUCAACCUCUUCCUGUGCUCAAAAUAAUUCCAGUGGAGACCCAUCGCCUUAAACUUCAAAACACUUUCCGAACACCUGUGUAUACAACUUCUGACAGACGAAAUGCCAUGGGAGUAGGACUAGUCUUCGAAGCUGAUAUCCGUUCAACAGAACACAUCAGUCAUUGGAUAUUGCAAGGCACGUGCUUACUACUGAACAUAGAUUAAUCUCAGUAAGCUUCUGUUUAUUCUUGCUGCAUUAAAUAUGUGGUUGAUUUUAAUGUCAAUGAUACUACUUAAUUAUUAAUUGUUUGGUAAAUAACUAAAUCUAUGUUCAUUUUCAUCAAAAGAUUGAAAAACAAUUUUUUUAAACAUUCCCCAAACUUUGGAGGGAAAUUCUAAAACAAAUAUGCUGUUAUUUGAAAUCUACAAGAAUUGUUUUUCAAUCUGUGAGAAAUUUCCAGUUCAAGGAAAUGUAAUAUUCAUGUUUUCUCAUAUUUUAAAUUAUUUAAGAAAUCUUGGUCUAGAUGUUUGUAGACUUAAGCCUAGUCAUAUUUCAUGUGUUUU